UUUAAAAAAAAUAAGCUGCGUUAAACGGUUUCUAGUCUCUACCAUCUUACCGCAGUCCCUAGGAUCCAUAGAAAACGCCAAUAGCUUUUUGUUUUACACUUGAGAGUGAGAGAGAAGCGGCGGCGCGGCGGCUUAAAACGACUCUAGUUCCGAUCUCCCCAAAGCUUGAAACGACAAUUGUUUGUUUUAACACUCCUAAGUUUCCGCUUCUUCCUCAUCUUUUUGAAAACUUUCACUCUCUCAGUUCCCUUCCUUCUUCCACGUGUCCCCGAUCUUUUUUCUCCAAGAUCACUCCGUACAUUUUUCAGUGCUGAAUGGGCUAUGGCCGAACCAUUGCCGACGGCGGAUGGGGUGAAGGAGAACAAAUUAUGGAAAUGGGUCUUUGCUGUCAGUGGAAUCUUGAUUACUCUUGUCAUCUAUGGGGUUUUACAGGAAAAGAUCAUGAGAGUUCCUUAUGGGGUAAACAAAGAAUAUUUUAAGUACUCGUUAUUUCUUGUUUUCUGCAACCGCAUCACAACAUCUGCGGUCUCUGCUGGUUCUUUAGUGGCAAGUAAGAAGGCAUUGGAUCCUGUUGCUCCAGUCUAUAAGUACUGCCUUGUAUCAGUAACAAACAUCCUAACCACAACAUGUCAAUAUGAGGCCCUCAAGUAUGUAAGCUUUCCGGUUCAGACUCUUGCUAAGUGUGCAAAAAUGAUACCUGUUAUGAUUUGGGGCACUUUCAUCAUGCAGAAGAAAUAUAAGGGUUUUGACUAUUUGGUGGCUUUUCUGGUGACCCUAGGUUGUUCGAUAUUUAUCCUAUUUCCGGCAGGAACUGAUUUUAGUCCAUAUGGCAAAGGAAGAGAAAAUACUGUUUGGGGCAUUUCUCUGAUGGUUGGUUAUCUUGGGUUUGAUGGUUUUACAAGCACAUUCCAAGAUAAAUUAUUCAAAGGCUAUGAUAUGGAAAUACACAAUCAGAUAUUCUACACAACAUUGUGUUCUUGCGUUCUCAGCUUGACAGGUCUUAUAUUUCAGGGACAUUUACUGCUAGCUGUAGAUUUUGUUUAUCGCCACAAUGAUUGUUUUCUUGAUAUUGUAUUACUCUCAACCGUAGCAACAGCCAGUCAAUUUUUCAUUUCUUACACGAUUCGUACAUUUGGUGCUCUCACAUUUGCUGCCAUAAUGACCACAAGACAGCUGGUGAGCAUCAUGCUGUCAUGCAUUUGGUUCGGCCAUCCCCUUAGCUGGGAACAGUGGAUUGGGGCGAUCAUCGUGUUUGGCUCCUUGUACUCCAAAACCUUCUGGAAGAAAGUGUCACCAGCUCCCACUCCUCCACAACAAACAGAAAAUGGAUCUUCGAGUCCUUUGAAAGGGAUCCCUUAACGAGGUCAAUUUGGCAUCAGUAACCGCAACUGGUUCUGGUCGGGUAAGAGUCUGCCUAUGUUAAAGCUGCAUUUUGAAGCUUGUCGGGGCAAGGUUUUGUUCGAAUGGUUUUUUUAUGAAAUCCGAAUUGAAAUUUUGGGUGAAAAAAAUGAAAAUAGGAACACUCCAUUUUCAUUGGAGGAGCAUUAUGAACUACAAACUAACUAAAUCCCAGAGACACUCUUUGUUUUUGUGUGUUUUUGUUUACAAUAGGAACUUAUAUGUAUAAGCAACUGUUGAGGCCAUUUGAUUUUGAGGUAUUUUCUAUUCAGAUUAUGAAAGAGAAAUUGGGGAGAUUUUUUAAUCAA